UGAUGGACGUGUUGAAGCGGAAGUGGCCUGAGUGAGGUUGUCGCGCAAAGAGAGCGGGAGGCGGGGAGGGUCCCACCGACUGUACAUCAGCGAUCUCAAAAUCCCAAGGCUAGAUACAAAAAUAAACAGCGUUUAUAUUUAUGAUACUGGAAUCUGAAUAUUCGCUUGUGAUACAUAGACGUCCGAGCUUAGAAUUACGAAUCCACAGGGUGGAGCAGAACAAAAAAGCUGUUCUUCGCACGAGGGCAGCUGUUGCUAGCUAGCUAUCUUGCAGUCGCACCUUCUGAAAAGCAUCCUCGCCGCCGCCGGAUAGAUUGACGCCGAUUUUGAGGCACAAUCAUUGGACUAGCUUGUUGCUGCAGCUGCAUACAUCGAAGCUUGCUUACCAUCGACCGCCAGUCAGAAUGAGCAGUGAAGAGGUUAACCCAGCAGCAGUGCCCGUCCCAGUUCAGGACGUGCAGGGGGAUGGGCGCUGGAUGUCCCAGCACACGCGGUUCGUGCAGGAGUGCAAGGAUGCUGAACCCGAGGUCCUGUUUGUGGGAGACUCCAUGGUGCAGCUAAUGCAGCAGUAUGAGGUGUGGCGGGAGCUCUUCUCCCCGCUCCACGCUAUAAACUUCGGCAUCGCGGGAGACACCACCUGCAACGUGCUGUGGAGACUGCAGAACGGGGAGCUGCAGAACAUCAGACCCAAGGUGGUGGUGGUGUGGGUAGGAACCAAUAAUCACGAGCACACGGCGGAGCAGGUUGCGGGGGGAAUUGUGGCCAUUGUGCAGCACCUCAUCUCGAGCCUCCCGCAGGCGAAGGUCGUGGUGCUGGGCCUCCUUCCCCGCGGCGAGCGGCCCAACCCCCUCCGGGUGAAGAACGCCUCGGUGAACGGGCUCCUGCGCUCCUGGCUGCCCCGCCUGGGCUCCACGCAGCUCCUGGACGUCAGCGCGGGCUUCGUGCACUCGGACGGCGCCAUCUCCACGGGGGACAUGUUCGACUUCCUGCACCUGACGGCCGGCGGCUACCGCGCCGUGGCCAAGCCCCUCAGCGACCUGCUCCUGCAGCUCCUGGAGGAGACGCCCGAGGACAGGCGCGCCUCGCUGGUCUGAGAGAGAGGGGGGAGGGGGCAGGGGGAGGAGUGAGGGAGAGGGAGGGAUGGGGGGUGAUGGAGGGAAGGAGUGAGUGAAGGAGGGAGGGUGAGAGGGGAGAGAGAUAAAGAGAAGGAAAGGAAAGAGAUAAACGAGAAAGGGACAGAGAAAAGGAGGAAGGCAGAAUGAGAGGAGGGAGAAGUGAGGAAGUCACGCACGCAGUGAGAGAGGGUGCUCACACACGCUUAUAGAGUGAUAUUAGCAUACUAGCAUUUUCACACCGCAGAAGGAAGAGACACUAGUACAUAUGUGAAAUAAAGGACUAAUAGACACACUAAGAUUCCAGCACAUGUGCGAAACUGCAGAGAGAGGAACUGAGGCACUGAGGAAUGCUUGCAAAGGGGUGGGGGGGGGGGUGGCGUGGCGUGGAGACGCCGGUACCAAGAACAGUGCCCCCUACUGGAAGACCAGACCAGAGCGAUCGCCCUGGUGACCUGUCCUCCCGUCCUCUCUCGAAUGCCCUGCCGAACCCGUGCGGCGUUUGCUGAGCCGGUGCCAAGCUUUCCUCAGGCUGUUACAAAGCUCCGUCUUUAAUCAAACGGAGAGGUCAAGAAAACGCGGGACUGGCCGAAGAGCAAGCCGUCAAGAUCCCAGGCAAGACGGAGAGGAAGGGGACUGAAAAGAGGGUCAACACGGGAGACCGAGAGGACUGGGAAACGGACCUAAGGGCAUUCUGGGAAUGGCAAAGGAGAUGUGGAGUGGUUGGAUGUCGGGCCUCAGGCACUAGAGAAUGAGAGCGCGCAGUCGUCGCACUUGCAUCAAGCUCAGUUUCGCACAUUUGUAUCACUUUCCCCUCUCCCUCGCCCUACGCAGUGUGGUAGUAUCCUAACAGGCACUUAUUCUCUUCUCCUCCCCCUGUUUCGCUCUUUCUGAGAGCCUGUGGGUAGUCCUCAGUCACACCGCACCUCCCUUCGUCUUCUCCUCCCGUUCCUGCCUUUCUAGCUUAUAGCGCGUACUGUCCUGCGUAGCACAACUCGCUCUCUGUCUGAAGCUUAACGCACCUCACCUUCCCUGCUGUGUCGGAGUGUGGGUCAUGAGCGAGCUCAAGCAUUCCACUCACUCCAGACUGUGUGUGUGUGUGUGUGUGUGUGUCUGUGUGUGUGGGCGUGCGUGCGCGUGUACGUGCGCAUGCCUGUGUGUGUGUGUGUGUGCGUGUGCGUGCGCAUGCCUGUGUGUGUGUGUGUGUGUGUGUGUGUGCGCGCAUGCCUGUGUGUGUGUGUGUGUGUGUGUCAAGCGCAGGUGAGAGAGAGAGGAAUGGGUGGUGUACAUACAGUAUAUAUAUAAAUAUUUAGUCCCCGUCUGAGCCCUGUGUGGUAUAACACUGUGCUGUGUAAUAUGAGGCUUGGGUAGGUGGCCCCAGGCUGCGUGCGCAUGCAGUUGUGCGUGCGUCUGCGUGGGUUCAGUGCAUAGUCUGUGCUAAUUGGGCUUCUGUCAUGUGCUUGUCAACAAAAAAAAAGCAUUCCAAUAAACAACCAUAGAGAAAA